GGGAGCACCACCUCCUUCCGUGUGUCGUUUGCAGUGUGAAAGUUCACAGGGCAUGCAAAGGUCGUGUUUUUAGCGAGCUAUGGCUGCCUUGAGUUGGUUUACUUGCAGACAGCUGCCGCGGAUUGCAUCUCAGUUCGCCCGGGUUGUGAAACACGUCAGGCCGCAGUACCUCGGAGGACUGCCGGCGAGGAGAGUCCAUGGGUCUUCGCGGAAAUGGGUGGUUGAGAAGGAGCAGUGGGGCAAGGCUCGGAUUCCGGAGUAUCAUCAGCUGACAGAACUAGAUAAGGCGGAUGCCUUGAUGCUGAGAAAGUCCCACGAAACCGGUUUCCUGUCUUGGUUCCGUAAUGGACUCCUGGCCACCGGUAUCGGGGUCAUCGCAUUCGUCCAGAGUGACGUAGGACGAGAAGCAGGCUAUGCCUUCUUCAUUCUGGGUGGUGUGUGUGUAUCGUUCGGCGGGGCGUCCUACGUGGGCAGCCUGUUUUCCCUGAGGAGGAUGAUGCUUCUCUCCCUGCCUGCCGUGCUGCUGAAUGUUUCUGUGGUGAGCAGCAUCGCCCUCUUCUGGCUGUGUGCGGUAUCGCUCUACAUCGGACGCCUGGAGGUGGAGAUUAUACAUGAGGAUGACGAUGACGGAGGGGAGUGCCCAGACUGUCGCGACCGCUGCAACCACUCCCAUGGCGACAGGCACCACGGCAACGACAAAGGCCAAGACAAGUAGAGCGCUUGAGUGGCAAAGGUGACGAAGUGUGUGUUUGUUUCUUUGUGUGUGAAUGAGACAGAGAGGACUGAUGGGGAGUGUGUAUGACCCUCAGACACAUGGGUACAAAGGGGAUCAGUGAAAGGCAUGAUUUGGUUCUGUCCUCUGUGAUAGUAGUUUGUGGGUGGGUGGGUGGGUGAUUGUGUUAAAUUGCUGGUUGCAAGUUCAAAUCCCCGAGCUGACAAGGUAAAAAUCUGUCUCUGCCCCUGAACAAGGCAGUUAACCCACUGUUUCUAGGCUGUCAUUGAAAAUAAGGAUUUGUUCUUAUCUGACCUGCAUAGUUAAAUUAAGGAUUAAAAAAAAUAUAUAUAAUAAGAUAAUAUUGGAUGUUAGAUUUUUUAAAAUUUCGUUUUAUUUUACACACACACACUGUGGGAGUGCCUAAUUUGAGUUUAUUUACUCCUCAUCGUGUUUACUUUAUGAAUCAAAGAGCCCUGUACAAUUCCUAAGCCAUACUCUGAGCCAGCCCAUGCUGUGCUCACCUAAAUAUGGUUUUGAUUGAUGCUAUUUUUUUUUUUUUAUAUCAGUUGAUUCUAUAUCCGUACAAAGGACUACUUGGAUUCUUUGUAGUAAUCCAUGCUGGUGACGUAGGAGGAGGAGAUGUAGCCAAUGUUGAUGUGUUGAAUAGAUGAACUAGGCCUAUGUGAAUUGAACGAUAUAGGGUAGAAAUAGGUCAUCAACAAUGGUCUAUCUUUCUGGAAUUCGAUGUCUCUGUAUGCGUGUAAGUCUGUGGGUUUUUCUUUUAAUGUGUUUGUUCUGUUCUUACAGAUUUUUAUUUUUUUUAACCCAUUUAGGCUUGGGCUUACAUUUUCCGAAGGGUUUUGUGAUUCAUAUAGCAAGUAGCGCUUUGCCAGUUUUAUUUUUUGUCAUGAGUUGUAAUUACUUUAUUAAACAUGUUCAAUGCAAUCUUGAAUUCAAUAUUCGAUUUCUACAGAGUAGUUGAACUGUAAAGUAACGAUAUUUCAUACCUUUAGUCAAUCGAGGGUUGAUAGUUGGAGCCACAACUUAAUCAAAAUACCAACCUUAAGAAACUAUACCAUUUGUAUAACCUGUAUGUUUGUGUGAGAUGAUUGAGUACAUUUAGGUAUUGUUAGCCUGUAGCCUGAGCCACCAUCCUGACCGCUGCGCUACAGAACAUUAGCUUGCAAAACCUGGAUGGUGGAACGAGGCGAGUUAGUCUCUGGGUCAGAGAUAAUCUGUAUGGAGUUGCAGUGUGAUGCAUUUGAUUUCUGCAUGGCCUUCAGUAAAACUUAUUGUACAUCAUUAGACUAUGUAUGUAUGUAUGUAUGUAUGAAUAUGUACAUAAACACAGUUACAAAAUCAAA